GCAGGUUACGAAACCGCGACCAAUUGCUAGCCAGACACCUGGCGGUCACGUUAUAGAAGUGUCGUGAUUGUGAACUCGGUUGUUCUGCCCCGCGAGUGAGUGAACAAAACCCCCGGCCUUAAGUGAAGCUAACAGUGGCUGGCCACGGACAUUAAGACUUUCUGCAGUACAAGUGUUUCUAAGCGUGAUGAGCGCUCCAUGGCGGACAGCUCUGUGCACCGCCAGCUGUCUGGUCACGGUGUUGUUGCUGGCGUGCGGUGUGGUGCGAGUAGUGCAUUCUUUCCCCUGCGAAAGCCAGUCGAACGGUGUGCAGCUGCCCAUGAUCGUUUGCUUUAUUACCGCCUCGAACGAGCACUAUGACUACGACAGCCUGCGGACGGGCCUAUGCUCGCACAUCGUGCUGAUCGAUCUGAUCGGAGUGGGGAAGGAUGGCAGCCUGGAGCUGCUGCAAACGUCCAGCCGUUCGUUGAACCGUUUCUGCAAGCUAAAGCAACACUUUAGCGAUGUUGGAGACGAGGCGAAGUUCAUCAUAUCGAUCGGUGGGGUAGCACAAAAGUCGUCCCACUUUUCGAAGGCGCUCAAAACCAGCGAAAGCCGCUUUGCACUGUCGGAUGAGCUGAUCUCGUUCACCAUCAAACAUAAGCUGGGCGGACUGGACAUUGCGUGGUUCUAUCCUGCCCAGUUUGGUGGGGCGGAAUCGGAUCGCACGAAUUUGAUCGUGUUCUUGCGUGAUCUCUACCUGAGAACCAAUGCGUGCGGGAUAACACUUUCGCUAACGGUUGGUGUUGAUCCGAAGGACAUUGAGAUCAGCUACGAUGUGCCGCGUAUCAAUGAGGUGGUUGAUUUUGUCAAUCUGCUGACCGGAGAUUACCACAAUCCAACAUCUCCGACACACAUCUCUCCGCUGUACGGGCAAGGGCCGCGGGAUCGAUUAAACAUCAACUACAGUGUGAUGUCCUACAUCGAGGCGGGUCUUAAUCCCCGGAAGAUGGUUAUCAUGGGAUCGUGCUACGCGUAUCUGUACAUCUCCAAGAUUUGCAAGAACGACACCGUCACCACGACCAAGCUGAGAACGGUGAUGCGCCUAAGCUACCUGUCCGCGACGGAGCUGAUCACGCGCGAGUCUUUCCGCACGUCCUGGGACGAUAUGCGACACGUCCCGUACGGCAUGCUGACCAAGGGCAUCACCAAAAAAUGGCUCACCUACAACGAUGUGGAGUCUAUGCGGCGGAAGGCAGAUUACGCACAGCACCACCAGCUGGGUGGUAUGGGACUGUUCAGCGUGGACGAAGAUGACUACGGGGGACGUGCUGGAUUCGGACGGUACCCAAUGCUACGAGCGCUGGUGUCCAUACUGUACCCCGAGCUGGAUUGUAGUGAGGAAGAGCUGGAGGAGGAGAUUGAAACCAUCGUAUGUCCGUACACUGGCUAUCUGACGGAUCCAGUGGAACCAGAGUGCUAUUAUGCGUGUGAGGAGGGCAUAGGCCUACACGAUUGUCCGAAGAAAUGUUGUCCCCAAGGACAAACCUUCAGCGAAGUUCAGAACAAAUGUUAUCAAACUCCUGAUAUGACGCCUGCACCUUGCAGUUCUGGUCCCACUUAUCCUCCAAUGGGACGAUCCGUCUCAUAUCCGUCAUCUGAUCAAUAUCAACAGCCAAUAGGAUAUCAACAACCUACAGGAUAUCAACCGCCUACAGGAUACGAACAACCAACGGGAUAUCAGCAACCUCCAGAAGUUUUAAGCGUUGCUCAGAACAAUUAUCCAAUAGUUCAGGCUGAUCCACAAAUGACUCCCUAUCAACCCAUGACAGUUGACAGUGUAGUGCCGACAUUGAUGGGUUCUCCAUCCACCAUGGCACCCAUGUACGCUUCCAUGGAUGAGCCGGAACAUCAAGCUUCCAAUUUAGUUGCCCACGUUGUUGUCAUCCCGAACGGUUCCGAGGGACACAUUACACCGGGAACGACGCCAACAACGACCACGACCAAGGAGGUGGAGGAGGAGGUGGAAAUUCUGAACACCCCCUGUGCGCUAAAGGGAGAACUUGAACAAGCAACCGAUCCGCCCGUUGUGAUAACCCCAAAACCGAACCGAUCCUCUCGGCGGGAAAAGGAUCGCAAAAGAAAGAGCCGCUCCAAGUCGCACUCGGGUAGAUCGACUUCCACCGAAACGUCCAAGGAAACAACACCCAUUACAACGCCCGCUCUCACUGUAGCAGUAACAGAAUCACUGUCGACUGUUGGUAUGACAACAGCAACAACCACAGCAACAACAACGACGACAACAACCACUGCCAAGCCAUCUCGAGCACGUAAAACGACGACGGAUGUAACGCCCGGAAUCGAAACAACCGAGCCGAGAAUGGUAUCCUCAUCUGCUUCAAGUACGUCCUCAACGGCGGCGGCGGCGACGACCACGUCCACCACAACCACUACCACCACACCACCGCCAACCACGACGGUGACAGUGACGACGACACCGCCAAGCACUACAGUGACAACUGCCGACGUGACUUUCGCAGACAAAACAUCGCCAAUCGUCACAUCACCACCAACAGCACCAGCACCGGCGACCAGUAGUACUAGUGCGCUGUCUACCGAGCAACCAACAACAACGCUAUCUCCAGUCCCACCGACGUUAUCCAACACGCGGAUAGCAACAACAAAAACAACAACAGCAAUACCAACAACUGCACCACCACCGACGGCAAGUACGGCGAUUGCCAACACAACGCUACACGACGCACCUUUACCCCUGGAAACGACCAUCACCUGAAUCGGGCGAUAGGAUAGAGUGAGGUCUCGCAACCGCCCCAUUUUUGUUUAACUAUUUAUGCUGUAGGUCUAAUGUGGUAAGGUGAUUAGUGAUCUGUAUUUAUUACAUCGUGCGCACACGACUUAAUAAACAUAAAACAACCAAAAGCGCUACGCAUGGGCGCACGUACUGCGCGCGCUCGAUUCAUACA